AUGUGGAACAAAGAAGCUUUGUUGAAACACCUACCAAAUUUGGUGGAAGACAUUCUCCACCUCCAUCCGAGUACUACGGGUGCAGAGGAUGGCUACGCCUGGCUCCUUAACCCUUCAGGAGAAUACACCUCCAAAUCGGGAUACCUAGCUUUGCACUUGGAGAAGCUACAACCCAACAAACUCCCAACAUUCCACAUGUUAGGUGUAGCUGGUGUAUUCGGCGGCUGGUUCAAAUCUACUUCUAAGAACCUCCUGAUCUUCGAGAACAUAUCCUUCACUCCGACCUCUACUAUGUCCAAAGAGAUUGUAGCUGCCAGAGAAUGGUCACUAGCACAGACACUUGCACCUCCACCUGAGACAAGAUCUCUCGAUCCAACGGCCCAGUCAGUCACCUAG